AUGCCGGGGGGCAAGAGAGGGCUGGUGGCACCGCAGAACACCUUCCUGGAGAACAUUGUCCGGCGCUCAAGCGAAUCCAGUUUUUUGCUGGGAAAUGCCCAGAUUGUGGACUGGCCCGUAGUUUAUAGUAAUGACGGUUUUUGUAAACUCUCUGGAUAUCAUCGAGCUGACGUCAUGCAGAAGAGUAGCACGUGCAGUUUUAUGUAUGGUGAACUGACAGACAAGAAGACCAUUGAAAAAGUCAGACAGACUUUCGACAACUAUGAGUCAAACUGCUUUGAAAUUCUCCUCUACAAGAAAAACAGAACCCCAGUUUGGUUCUACAUGCAAAUUGCACCUAUAAGAAAUGAGCAUGAAAAAGUGGUUUUGUUCUUGUGCACUUUUAAGGAUAUCACUUUGUUCAAACAACCAAUUGAAGAUGAUUCAACAAAAGGUUGGACAAAGUUCGCUCGGUUGACGCGGGCCCUGACGAACAGCCGGAGCGUACUGCAGCAGCUGACGCCGAUGAACAAGGCCGAGGUGGUGCACAAACACUCCCGGUUAGCCGAAGUGCUCCAGCUGGGAUCUGAUAUUCUUCCUCAGUACAAGCAAGAAGCUCCAAAGACUCCACCACACAUUAUACUACAUUAUUGUGCUUUUAAGACCACUUGGGACUGGGUCAUCUUAAUACUAACCUUCUACACAGCAAUUAUGGUUCCAUAUAAUGUCUCCUUCAAGACAAAACAGAAUAACAUUGCCUGGCUCGUGCUGGACAGUGUCGUGGACGUUAUUUUUCUGGUUGACAUUGUUUUGAACUUUCAUACAACCUUUGUUGGCCCUGGUGGAGAGGUUAUAUCUGAUCCCAAACUCAUAAGGAUGAACUACCUGAAAACGUGGUUUGUGAUUGAUCUUCUGUCCUGUUUACCGUAUGACAUCAUCAAUGCCUUUGAGAAUGUGGAUGAGGGUAUCAGUAGCCUCUUCAGUUCCUUAAAAGUGGUGCGUCUUCUACGACUCGGUCGAGUUGCCAGGAAGUUGGACCAUUAUCUGGAAUAUGGUGCUGCUGUACUGGUACUGUUGGUGUGUGUAUUUGGACUGGUGGCCCACUGGCUAGCCUGCAUAUGGUACAGCAUCGGGGACUACGAAGUUAUAGAUGAAGUCACUAAUACAAUCAAAACAGAUAGCUGGCUCUACCAAUUGGCACUGAGUAUUGGGACACCAUAUCGAUACAACACCACUGGCUCAGGGCAGUGGGAAGGAGGACCCAGUAAAGACUCCUUGUACAUAUCCUCUCUCUACUUUACCAUGACAAGCCUUACAACGAUAGGAUUUGGAAACAUAGCACCAACCACUGAUGGAGAGAAGAUUUUUUCGGUGGCUAUGAUGAUGGUUGGCUCUCUUCUUUAUGCAACUAUUUUUGGAAACGUCACCACCAUUUUCCAGCAAAUGUAUGCCAACACCAACCGAUACCAUGAGAUGCUGAACAAUGUGAGGGAUUUCCUAAAAUUAUAUCAAGUCCCAAAAGGCCUUAGUGAAAGAGUCAUGGAUUAUAUUGUCUCAACCUGGUCCAUGUCUAAAGGAAUUGACACAGAGAAGGUUCUCUCAAUUUGCCCAAAGGACAUGAGAGCAGAUAUUUGCGUGCACCUAAACCGGAAAGUUUUUAACGAGCACCCUGCCUUCCGGCUGGCCAGCGACGGCUGCCUGCGAGCCCUGGCUGUGGAGUUUCAGACGAUCCAUUGCGCCCCGGGGGACCUCAUCUAUCAUGCUGGGGAAAGCGUUGAUGCUCUUUGCUUCGUGGUGUCAGGAUCCCUAGAAGUCAUCCAGGACGACGAGGUGGUGGCUAUUUUAGGUAAAGGUGAUGUGUUUGGUGAUAUCUUCUGGAAGGAAACCAGUCUGGCCCAUGCAUGUGCCAAUGUACGGGCUCUGACAUACUGCGAUUUACAUAUUAUAAAACGAGAAGCCUUGCUUAAAGUGUUGGACUUUUAUACUGCUUUUGCAAACUCAUUCUCAAGGAAUCUCACGCUCACCUGCAAUUUGAGGAAACGGAUCAUCUUCCGGAAGAUCAGCGAUGUCAAGAAGGAAGAAGAGGAGCGCCUGCGCCAGAAGAAUGAGGUGACACUGAGCAUCCCUGUGGACCACCCCGUGCGGAAACUCUUCCAGAAAUUCAAACAGCAAAAGGAGAUGCGUAAUCAAGGCUCAACCCACAUUGACCCGGAAAGGAACCAGCUUCAGGUGGAAAGCCGGAGCAUGCAGAAUGGGGCCUCCAUCACAGGCACCAGUGUGGUCACUGUGUCUCAGAUCACCCCCAUCCAGACAUCCCUGGCGUACAUGAAAACCAGUGAGGCCGUGAAGCAGAACAACAGGGAUGCGAUGGAGCUCAAGCCAAAUGGAAAUGGAGACCAAAAAUGUCUCAAAGUGAACAGUCCCAUGCGGAUGAAAAACGGGAACGGGAAAGGGUGGCUUCGACUGAAGAACACGAUGGGGACCCACGAGGAGAAGAAGGAGGACUGGAACAACGUCACGAAGGCUGAGUCCAUGGGAUUGCUGUCCGAUGACCCCAAGUGCAAUGACUCGGAGAACAGUGUAAAUAAAAACCCACUGAGGAAAACAGACUCUUGUGACAGUGGAAUAACAAAAAGUGACCUUCGCUUGGAUAAAGCUGGUGAGACUCGCAGCCCCCUGGAGCACAGCCCCAUUCAGGCUGAUGCUAGGCAUCCUUUCUACCCUAUUCCUGAGCAGGCCUUACAAACCACGCUGCAGGAAGUCAAGCACGAACUCAAAGAAGAUAUCCAGCUGCUAAGCAGUAGGAUGGCUGCCCUUGAGAAGCAGGUGGCAGAAAUUUUAAAAAUAUUGUCUGAAAAGAACGUACCCCAGAUCUCUUCCCCCAAGUCUCAUUUGUCACCCCAGCGGCCCCCCCAGAUACCCUGUCAGGAUAUUUUUAGUGUUUCAAGGCCUGCAUCACCUGAAUCAGAAAAAGAUGAAAUCCACUUUUAG